CGGGCAGACGGGCGGCGCGGCCCUCCCGGAGCGCCGGGACUGCCACAGAACACUGUGAAAUUAUCAUCAGUGGUAAAUACGGGUUCAGAAAAACGUGAUGACUUCAGGGAUUCUAUUGAGACGUUUUUAAAUGGUUUUGAGUGAUGUAAUCAGGUUAAAUACAAGGAGUGAUUUUGCAAAGUGGACAGUAAUGGAGUAUAUGAGCACGGGUAGUGAUAGCAAAGAGGAGAUUGACUUGUUGCUAGCUGAUCUAAAUAUGUCUGAGGUGAUAGCCAUCAUGGAAAACCAUUAUCCAGGUGAAGACAUUGCAGUCUAUGAAGACAGCUUAAUUACCAUGUGUGAAGAGGCAAAUCAAAAUGAUGAACGUGCAGAAUCAUUACUGUUUUGUGAAGGGGAGGUCUCUUUGAUGUCCUCUGUCAAAUACGGGACUGUGGAAGACCUGCUUGCUUUUGCCAAUCAGGUGUCUAACACUGCAAAGCAAUUUAAAGGAUGCAGACAACAGGAAUCUGGAAUCCUCUUGAAUAUGAUCACACCCAAGAACGGGCGCUAUCAAAUUGACUCAGAUGUGCUCCUGUUUCCAUGGAAGUUGACUUACAGGAAUAUUGGUUCUGACUUUAUUCCUCGGGGAGCUUUUGGGAAAGUGUACUUAGCCCAAGACAGAGAAACCAAGAAACGAAUGGCAUGCAAAUUGGUCCCAGUGGAGCAGUUCAAACCAUCAGAUGUUGAAAUACAGGCAUGUUUCCGUCAUGAAAACAUUGCUGAAUUAUACGGCGCUAUUUUGUGGGAUGAGACAAUCCAUCUCUUCAUGGAAGCUGGAGAGGGAGGAUCUGUCAUGGAAAAGCUGGAGAGCUGUGGGCCUAUGAGAGAGUUUGAAAUAAUUUGGGUGACAAAGCAUAUUCUGAAAGGACUUGACUUUCUCCACUCUAAGAGGAUUAUCCACCAUGAUAUCAAACCAAGCAACAUUGUCUUUAUGUCAACUAAGGCUGUUUUGGUGGAUUUUGGCCUAAGUGUUCAAAUGACUGAAGAUAUUUACUAUCCCAAAGAUCUUAGAGGAACAGAGAUUUACAUGAGCCCUGAAGUUAUCCUUUGCAGAGGCCACACAACAAAAGCAGACAUCUACAGCAUGGGAGCUACUAUUAUUCAUAUGCAAACGGGCAUCCCACCGUGGGUGAACAGAUACCCUCGUUCUGCAUACCCCUCCUACCUCUACAUUAUACACAAGCAAGCUCCCCCCUUAGAGGAUAUUGCUGAGGACUGCAGCACUUCCAUGAGAGAGUUGCUAGAAGCAGCUCUGGACAGGAACCCCAAUCACAGGCUGUCUGCAGCAGACCUGCUGAAGCACGAGGCCCUGCACCCACCCCCGGAGGAGCAGCCGCGGUGCCAGAGCCUGGACUCGGCGCUGUUUGAAAGGAAAAGGCUGCUCGCCAGGAAGGAUCUGCAGCUGCCAGAAAAUAUCACAGAUUCCUCAUUGUGUAAUGGGAGCAUGGAAGAGUCAGACCUGCUAAAGAGACAAAGAUCUCUCUACAUAGACCUUGGAGCUCUAGCUGGUUACUUCAAUAUUGUUAGGGGACCACCAGCCUUGGAAUAUGACUGACUCAGUAACGUUUUAUGUUGAUGAGUCAGUAAUGGACCUCUACCUCUUAAAACUUGAUUUUAAGACUUGAUUUUCCAAUUUGUACAUAAAACUAUUGCCAUUAUAGGCUGUCAAAUGUGAAUAGUGUUUAAUUGCACAGAUGAUAAAGCUAAACCCUUAGGGGGUCUGAUAAGCUGAUCCCAAGCAGUGAUGUUUGUGUGUCUGCUGGUUGACCAACAAGAAGAUGUCAAAAAGAACACUGCUACUGGGAAUGUCUUAAUCCAGGAUAUCUUCCUGUGCUGGGCCUUGCACUUUUGUAAAACUUGUAUUAUAUGCUUGCAAAUAAUGUCAGGAAAAAAUAUAAUAUAAUUUAGCAUGUGGGUUGUAAGAUUCAGUCUCUCUGAGCUGUCUUUAGAAAAAACAUUCCUGCCACCCCCCACCCCCCUGCCAAAAAAAAAGGAAAAAAGAAGUCCUUGUUUUGACCAGUUAAAUACUGGUUCAGUCUUUUUCUGUCUUUAAGACUUGGUCAUUCUUGGUCUUUAAGAUUUGGUCAGCCUCUAGCCAUUCUUAAUGAAAAUUAAGAAUGUCUGUGGAGUCAGAUUAUCACUUGUUUGCAGAUGUGUUUUAACUUUGCAUCUUCCUGGGGCAGUGGGAGCUAAGAAGGAGGCUGUCCCCUUCUCUGUGGGUCAAGGGAAUCUUUCAAUGGCAGUAUCAGUCACCUUUGGGAUUUGCACAACAAGUUGGCCCUGGCAAAGUACGACAGUGACUUCCUUACUAUGUUACAACUACUGCAAGGGUAUCUAUGAUAGUUUUCAAGGGUAGAUCAAAUGUUAAUGCUCUAUUGGUAACAGUGGGCAGGCUCCAAACUCUUGCUUUUUAAUACUUUAAAAUUGUACACAUGUAUAAUUGCU